AUGACUGAGGAUAUACCAGAAACUGGUGCAGUCUUCACGUUCGGAAAAUCUCAUUUCGCUGACAACGAACCGAGCCACUUCUUCAUCAAGAACGACCCAAUAGUUGCUAUAUCAUGUGGGGACGAGCACAGCGCUGUCAUAUGUCAAAAUGGACGCGUAUUUGUUUUCGGCGCGAACGCUUGGGGUCAGCUCGGCUUAGGGCACAAGGACGAAGUGACGAGACCGAGCUGCGUCAAAUGGCUCAAACCCCAUCGAGCUACAUUUGUAGCCUGUGGCAGAGCCCAUACAAUUUUCGUCACAGAUUCUAACACCAUUUACUCCGUCGGAUGCAAUGAUGAAGGGCAAUUGGGUACCGGAGACAUGGAGCACCAUAGCGUACCACAAACUGUUAACUUGGAAAUUGGUCAACCUAUCAAGCAAGUUUCAGCGGGAAGUAAUCACACAGCACUACUUACUGAUGACGGUCGUGUCUUUGUCUGUGGCUCGAACUCGGAAGGUCAGCUCGGGCUGGGCGAGGACACGCGCUCCUGUGUAACCUUCACCGAGCUCAAGUUUAUGGAAAAGAUAGCCUUCGUUGAAUGUGGAUAUUACCAUACCGUCUUCAUUACUGACAAAGGGGCAGUUUUUGUUACUGGCGACAAUGAAAAUCAAAAAUUAGGCAUUCCUAAUACCCUGACUACAGUAUAUGUACCUCAAGUUUUGCCACUAGAGACCCAAAUUAAAAGUGCUUGCUGUGGCGCCAACCACACAUUUCUUUUAUCAAUGGACGAGUCAAAGAUUUUUGCGUUUGGGUCGAAUGAAAAAGGUCAAUUGGGUAUGCCGAAUAAUAUAGAGAACGUAACGGAACCAACUGAAAUUAACAUGGAGAAAAUGUUUGAUGGAUAUCAGUUAAAGCUCGUAGCUUGUGGAGCUAUGCAUACCGCUUUUGUAACAGAUAACGGCUUACUGUACACCUGCGGCGAGUCACGACAUAACAAACUCUGUUUGGAAGAAGUCGACGACGCUAAUAAUUCAAACGAGGCAAUUCCCAAUCAAUACGCGCCAAAACGGGUCACCGCUAUGAAUGGCUUCGUCGUAGACAACGUCGCCUGUGGCGGCUGCCACACUUUACUCACUGCAGUAAAAGGCUCAAAUGUUGACUUUACUAAUAAUGACUUUAGUAUAAUCAGUGAAGAAAACAGACAUAUUCCAUUAACUGAACUACCUCCACUUCAAAAAGUUCCAGUAAUGAAUAAGACAGGUGAUUUUAUAAUAGAAGACGUGGCGAAUUCAAGUAGAAAAAAUAGUAGCGAUCAAGUUAAUGGGAACACCAACGAAGAAACAGGAUCUAUCAAUUCAUUGGAAGCCAAUGUGAGUGGUUCCCAUAUUGUAAAUAUAAACGACCUUGAAACUGAUAAUGCGAGUAUCCAUGACGUACCAAAUGUAAUGAACGAGGUCAACGCUUGCAAAAAUGAAGUCGAAAAGGAAGUCGAAAAUGUUUUAGAAACAGUAAAUACCGUACUAAAGGUGGGUGAAGAUAAAAUAGACAAUGCCUCACAUAUUGUAGCUGAAACGAUUCAUACAAAAGUAGAAGUUGUCGAAGAUGUGUUAAAGAAAACAAUAGAUAAAAAAUCGCCUGGCUUUUGUUGUGACGAAAAAAAAGUUUUAAAAGUGCCUGACAAAAUUACAGAAAUUGCUAAUUCACCUCCUCCAAAGACACCAAUCAUACAAGAUUUACUUGAUAUUCCUGAUAUAUCGCAAAUGAGUCCAAAUUUGAGCAAACACAGUGAUGACGGGCAGAAAAGUGAAACAGGACAAUCUGAAAACGAAACUAUACCUUGUGGAUCCGAUAAAUCAAGUCCUCAGAUGGGAAAAACUAAAACUCAAGCUGUAAUGCCGAUAGUGAGAAGUGAAGAUCAUAUUGACUCACACGAUCCCCCGACUAACUGCGAGGACACAGACGUAGUGGUUAAUAAACUGGAGGAAAAGGGGCGUUUUGCUCGUAUUUUCCAAUCUAUAAAAGAUAAGGAACACUCUUGCAUGGGUAAAGGAAAGGUUAUUGAAGAAAAAGUUGUAGAAAAUGUUAAUAAAGGGAUAGAUAAUGCUGAAGAAACAGUACACAAGAUAGAAGAAAGAGUAGAGACAGAGAUACGAAACCAAACUAACUCACGGACAUGCACAAUUUUAUAAGCACAUUAGAGUAGUCAGUGUUUGUCUUCUUAAAUGUUUAACGAAAAAUAAAAAAAUAUUCUUACUACU